GCAUCUUUCUGCCGUGUCAUAUUAACGCAUAUGGAGAUUAGUUAAAAAUUUAAGAAUUUCGUGUAUUCGAUUUUUUUUCUUAAAAGUGGUAAAGUGUUGAGGUAAUUAUAAAGAACUUUCGAGAAGUGGAAAUUAAUGGAAUGACUGCCGGGCUCGCGACUGUAAAAUGAUACUUUAAUUAUUGUCUGCGCAUAUCUAUCGUAAUCAAUUAAAAGUUUGUUAUUUAUAAUUGACAUGCAAUUGACAUGCAAUUGACAUGCAAUGGAAGCUUUUAAGAACUCUCUGAAUUAUUUAAAAGAACGAGUUGUUCAGUUUGUUCUUAGAGAAUCUUGAGAGCCUAGCAUGUUAUAAUUCAAGUGGACGUAUUCAUUUGUCGUCUGCUUUACGACCGGAUAUCGGCCAUCUUAAACCCAUGACGACUGCCAUUCGUGGAGAAAUUCUGGAACUAUUCAUCUUGGUUGACAACAACACGUAUAAGUAAUGACCCCAAGUCUUUGACAUGAAUCUUAAUGGGUUUUUAUGAAAGGAAUUCAAUAACAAGGAUAUUCCUAAUCAUGAAAGAACUGGUCUUGGAAUAAGAAGUAGCCGCUAUGUAAACUUUGUAUGUGGUUGAACAAUGGUCGGGAACAAGCGAGGAUGUGAAGUGAAAUCAAGUUUUAACCUGCGACCAGAAAACAGGCCUCUGCAUUGUGCAGCUAAUUUCAGUUUUUGUUGACUUAUAGUGUGCAGUGUAGCAUUCGAUUGGUAUCGAUUUUCUUAAAAACAGAUUCAUUUUCUUGUUGGCCAAUAACUGAUUCAUUGUUAUUAAUACGUUUAGGAUUUGAGUUAGAUAUUUAAAUUAUUUGCUUCGGUGAUCUUUAUCAAGAUGGACGAUUUUCCGGACUUCAUCAAGGCUAAACCCAAAACAAGGGUUUCAGCUUUUGUACCAAUUCAUGAAGUGUCCAUGAGUCUGCCUAAUGGCUUCGCUAAGUUAGCAGACGAAGGUCGAAGAAGAAGUAAUAUUUUACCACCUUUAGAAACAGAAUCCAGUUUCUAUCGAGCACCGAAGAAAGGAGCUUCUGUUCACGCCUUUACUGAAGAUGUUGCUGGUAUUGAAGGUGUUCUACAGAGAAAAUAUAAGAAGAUUAGUGUAGAUUUAGAUAAAAAGAUUGUAAGUCAUUUGAGGCGUAAAUUAAGUAAACGUAUAGAACAGAGAUACAGUGAUACAAAUGAUGACUUGGAUGCUGAGUACUUCCUUCGAAUGUCCCAAGCUAAAUCGAAGCAAACAGGAAAGCUUCCUGACAAAAGAAAUAUAUUCAGUAAAUAUUCCGAUACUGGAGAAAAAAUUCUGGUAAAAUCACAACCUUCAAGCGAUAGCGAUAAAACCACUUCCACAACACGCCAUUCACCCCGCAAACCUAAACUUGAUCCUCUACCAACCAAUGAAUCGGUUGAACAGAAUGAUAAUGACCAAAUCGUCAACGGUAAUCAGUCUCCAGAAGACGAACUUCCCGAGGAAACCAACCAAGAUAAUGGCGAUAACAAUCAGCCAACAAAAGAACCAUCCGAACAAAAAAACGACACCGUGUCCAAAUCAGAAGUAUCACCCGAACCAGGUGUGGAAAUUAAACAAAAGAAAUCCGUUACGAUGGCGGCAACUACUGCUGGCGAAACGACCACGGAAGCUGAAUCCAUGGACGAAGAUGAUAAAGAAGUUUUUGAGCUGACGCAACAUAAACCACCCGAAACACCGAUCGUUGAGAAAAGAGUCGGGUUCAGGCUUACCGACGUUAGUCCAGUAACAACUCCAAUAGCUUUCCGACCUGAAACCCGAGAAAACACAGCUUUGUCAACUGUAAAUAAAAUGAAGCAGAUAGUAAAGGGAUACGUUCAAAGGCGAUGUCGAACAGAAUCAAGGAUAAUAAAUCUUUACGUCUGCUCUGAGUUCGCAGGAACUGAAACGGAAAAUACGAUCUUAAUGCAGAAAGUGUAUCCUAGAGUAAGAAGAUAUUGCCAGGAACUAGGGUAUGAUUUCAGAGCUAUAGAUCUACACUGGUCGCUACAGGAUGAGAUCAGCGAUGGUCAUAAAAUACCAGCACUAUGUAAGAAAGUUAUAGAAGAAUGUCAGGAAGAUUCGAUAGCUAUAGACUUUCUGAUAAUAUGUGGUGAGAAAUAUGGUACGUAUAUGUUACCAAAUGAAAUACCAAAGGAUGAAUUUGAGGAUAUUUUAUCAGCUGCUAAGGCCUUCCACAAAACCGAACUGUCGUCAAUCAAAGAACAAUUGAUAGCCAUUGACUCAAAAGUGGAGGGCGGCGACGGCGCGGAUAACAAGACGGAAUCCGAUCGGUUUAGUGACGGUAAUCCGGAACCAACUGCACGACAACGAAGACGGGCAAGUCUUGUCAAAAAGGAAUCUAUUAGAGAUUUGAAAGCUCGAGAAGAAGACCUACCAGAUACGGAUAUGUUAGAACAGUGGUACAUCUUGGAUGAAAAUUGUGUUCCUCCUGUUUACCGCUUACAAAAUAUUAGUUCAUCUUACAAAGAUAUUUUAAACAAAGAUUUUGCUAAAAGAAAUCAAGCAAAGAAUAACUAUAUAUCGGUGGUGAAGAAAAUGCAGAAAACAAUACAAAAAUAUGCAACCCAGGUUGUUGAAUCCCCUGAAGAAAGAAGAAAAUAUUUUCUGUCAAUAUUUGAUAUGGAAUUAGAACAUGGUCUAGAGACAGAUACUUCCAGACCACAUAGUUUUCUGGUCAAGCGAACGAUACCAGGCGUUAGAAACAGCCUAGCUGACGUCGCUUCCGCCAAGUAUCUUGACGUCACUCAUCCCAGAAGUCAACAGAUGGAUAAUUCACGAGACGAGAGAAUCCAACAUCUACGUGAUCAGGUCUUACCCGUAAAGGUACCGGAACUAUACCGAAAUGAUAUAGAGGUUGAAUGGCAUACGGGCGGUAUUAAUCCCCUGGGUAAACGAGAGCAUGCUGUAUAUACAGAAAGAUUGUGUAAACUUGUAUUUGAUACGUUAAAAAGAGAGAUUGGCACAGCUCUAGAGAAAAAAGAUAAAAAGAUAAAUGAAGCUACACAACUUUGUAAUGAAGUCGCUCAACACGUUGCUCAGUGCCAUAAAAGAGCUGCCCAUUUUCAAGGUUGUAAAGAUGUUUUACAGACAAUAAAAGCCUACAUGAGAUCAGAUACUACCCUACCGUUAGUUGUUUAUGGUAAAUCAGGUACUGGUAAAUCGGCGCUAUUAGCUAAAACAUCAAAAGAAAUAUAUAGAUGGUUUAAAGGAAGUGAUAUACGAGUAAUCUACAGACAGAUAGCUACAACUGUGACAUCUACCAAUAUCAGAACAUUACUUAGAAGUAUUUGUCUUCAAAUGUGUGAAAUAUUUGAUAAUAAGUACUCGGAGGUCGCAAGGGAUUAUAAAGGUGUAAUAAAUGAUUUUAGUUAUAGAAUGGAGCAGGCCAGUAAAGAUAAACCAUUAGUCAUUAUACUAGAUGCUAUAGACAGGUUAUCAGAUGCUCAUGAUGGUAGAAAGUUAAUCUGGUUGCCUAAAGAACUACCACGCUAUGUUCAUAUUAUUGUAUCAACUUUACCAGAUGAAAAAUACCAAUGUUACAAUAUACUGAAAAAACAGUAUGAGGGCAACGAAGAUUGUCUUUUGGAGAUUUCUAAACUGCCAUCAGAUGAUGCUGCCACUAUUCUCAAACACUGGUUGAGUUCUAAGAAGAAGGGGUUAACAGAACACCAAUACGACAUACUUAUGGAAUCUUUUGGCAACUGUCCUACACCGCUAUAUCUAAAAACAGCUUUCCAAGAUGCACUCGAAUGGACUUCUUAUACGAAUCCCGAUAUGAUAAAGUUGGGCGAAACUGUUAAAAAGAUCGCUACUAUCAAAUUUGGUCGUCUGGAGAGGGAUCAUGGAGAACCAAUUGUUCGCAGAGCUUUAGGUUAUAUCACUGCUUCUAGAAAUGGUAUUACAGAUUCUGAAAUGGAAGAUCUUUUAUCAUUGGACGAUGUUGUUAUGGACGAUGUGACGGCUUUCAAUAAACCAUGCAAGCGUCGUUUACCUCAAAUCAGAUGGGAGAGCUUGAAAGCUGAUCUUGGGGAUUAUUUAUUAAAAAUAUCUGCAGAUAAAACAACUACGCUUUGUUGGACUCAUGUUGAUUUCUUUGAAGCUGCCCAAGAAAGAUACUUACUCCAAAGAGAUAAAGCACCAUCCUACCACAGAGCUCUAGCAGAGUAUUUCCGUGGAAUCUGGUGCGAAAAACCAAAACCACAUCCCGGUAACGAUAAAGGAUCAGAAAGGUUUGUGUCUCCUCAACCACUUUAUUUUGAACCUGAGGGAUCUAAACAAGAUGGGAAAGAUCGAAUUUACAAUCUACGAAAGAUAAAUGAGCUACCAUAUCAUCUUGUAAACUCCCAUCAACCAGACGUUCUCAAGUCCGAAACACUCUGUAACUUUGAAUGGAUUUUGGCAAAAUUGUGCGGAACAUCUCUAACUGCUCUGUUGGAAGAAUAUCAGUAUGUUUUGACUAUUGAUCCCAAAGAUUUUGAUUUCAAGGCAUUGUCCGACGCUCUCCAUUUAUCAACUACUGCUCUGCUACGCGAACCUCGACAGCUAGCUUCUCAGCUUAUUGGAAGGCUACAUGGUAUUUUAGCUAGAGACAUACCAGCAACAGCAGGGGAUCCACGAAGAUAUCCAUACCUCCACCAGCUAGCUGCACAAGCUCAACAAUCGUCCCUACCAGCUUUGAUACCAUCGGCAGCGUGCCUAACGGAACCUGGUGGCAUUUUGUUUGAUUUACUGUCAGGACACACUGAACCAAUAACAGCAGUUACUCUAACUAAUGAUGGGUUUAAAGCAGUCACAGCAUCAGCUGAUACAACUAUCAAACUCUGGGAUCUCCGGUCAGAGAAAGUGGUGAAAACAAUAGUAGGUGUUGGUUCCCGGGUAACCAGAAUACGACUUGCUAUGAAUAACACGUACAUUAUAACAAACGAAGAAAACGUCAUCAAGAUCUGGUCCAUGAGUAGUGGUGCGUGUCUGUUUACAAUUGCCGAAUACGUUGAUCCCGCUGUUACAAUAACGGCGGGAGAUGGAACAUUGCUGGUCGCCUGCUUCUGUGGAUCCAACAUGAUUCGAACUUGGGAUUUGAGAAGUCUAAACUUUAUGGGAGAGGAACGUAUUCCUGGAACCUGUAUUCAUAAAGAUCGCUCAAUUCUUGCUGCUGAUAACUCACCGACUGAACGAGUUCUGGUUGCGUUUAGGAGUGCUAGUUAUGCUCUCGUAAUAGGUGCUAGAUCGAAGAAAGUGCUUCAAAAGCUUGUUUGCCACGAGGAAUCUUCCUCAAUCGUAGCUUUAGCCAUAACUGCCGAAUAUUUUGUUUUGGGAUGUAGACAGCAGUACAUGAAGUUGCAUGAAAUUCAUCAACUGGAGCUAUUUGAUACCAAGAAGGGCUACUAUAUCCGUAGUGUCCGUGGGUGUAUGCAUGAUCAGAUAACAGAACUACAUCUUAAUCUGCAUGGUUCACAUGCUAUAGCCGUUUGUACUUCGGAAAAGAACAACACGUCGGACAUAGCUCUGUGGAACUUGGAAACCGAGGAUCACAAACAUCUAGCCACCCACGCGCGGCUGUCCACCAUUGGUGCUUGCUGUGAUUUCCGAUUCUGCUUAACAGCUGCUAAAGAUGACAAUACUCUUCGCAUCUGGAAUUUAAGUAAAAAGGUUAAUCAACAUGCACCAAAACUAAAGAAAUCCAUGGGAGUCGGCCAGAUAUUCCCGAUGGUUGAAAAUCCACGUUACGUCGUAGCCAAAGCAGUGAAUCAUGGACCCAUCAGCGUGUGGAAUGUAGCUAAAGCUAAGUGUUUACAAACUGCUGUUCGAAUUGAAAGGGGGAUGACUGACACUUCUGACGUUGUUAUUGCUAGAAAUAGCCAGCUUGUUAUUCUCACUGAUCGGGGUUUCUCUAAUGCUACCGAUGAUUCUAAACCGGUCUUCCAAACGGUUUUAAUUUAUAACCUCGAAACAAAGCGUUAUGAACGUAAAUUGUCUAGUUGUUACAUAGUGCCGGCACCGUCUCAUGAAUAUGUACUUUUGGACGACGAACAUCUGAUGGGACCAUCCGAUAACCGAUCUCAUUUCGUAGUGUGGAACUUAGUUUCUGGACACGUUGUGUACAGAAUCCGACCCGAGUUCAAAGAAAAACCCGUUAAAACAAAAUUCGCAAAAGGUAUGGCCAUGUUGGGAGUUGGGGGAACAAAGAAAAAACGCAACUCAGACCAGUCGAUGACUCCAUGGGAUCUACGAGCAGAGUCAGAAUCAGCUAAGACACGGCGUGAUCAGCAGGAAAGAGAAAUGGAACGCGCUAGACUUCAGAAUCUUAAGAACGAAAAGGAAAAUUCAAUGGAACAAUUCAUCGUUAGUGGAGAUCAAAAGACGUUAGUUGCUUCUUAUUUCGCUCAUCAUUUAUGUGUUUUCGAUAUCCCCUCUCAACGUCAUACUCAAAUUUUAGAGAACGAAUACUCAAUGCUGUUUCUGCAUGUCGCUGCUUUAACUUAUGACGGUAGCCAUUUAGUACACGCAAACUAUGACGAGGAGAGCAAAAUUAGUUACGUCACGUUAUGGGAUUGUAAAACGGGGGAUGUAAAACGACGAUUGAAAAAUGAAAGUGACGUCUGCGCGGUAGCUAUCACGGAUACCGCUAAUCGUGUUGUUAUUGGGAAAUCUCCAAGCGAAUUGCACAUUUGGGAUCCAAUGGGAACGAAGCAAUUGCAAAAAAUCAAAGGGUAUUCGGGAUUACGCUUUUCUAUGGGCAGUAAGAUAUUUAUUGUUGAUGAAGGACAGAGAGCGAUUGUUUUAGCGGGAGAUAUUUCUGUGUGGGAUAUACAAAAUGCAACAGUUCUAGCGGUGUUUACCCCGGAUACGAAAAUUAUGUGUUGUGAACUCGCUUAUCAUGGACGAUUGAUAACAUUUGGACUUUAUGAGAAAUCAGAAGUUAUAAUUCUGAAACUUCAAGCUAAAGAUGAACCUCCGAUUGCGGACAAUAAAGAAGAUCUCGAUGGUAAAAAUAUUUUUGGAGAAAUAGAAGAAUCGUCCGAUGAAGAGGAGGAAGAAGAAGAAACUUAGAAGAACUAAAACUACCUGGGAGUAGAUUUACUCGACUUUCAUCGAGAUCGAUCAUCUGACAAAUGACGCACAAGGCGUGCAUACCAUCAGGCAAAUGGCGUACUCGGCUUGUAGAUCAUCUGGCAAAUGGCGUACGAGACUUGUAGAUCACCUGGCAAAUGACGUACAGGGAGUGCCGAGGGGUAUGAAUGAUGUGAAGACAAAUAUGUGAUUCGGCAGAAUAGAGAAGCAAGAAGAAUUACUCAAUUCAUAUAUCCCCAGUGAAAAAAAAUCAAGAUGGAAUAAUUUAUAUCAUAAUCGACCGCCAUUGAGAGGAUCUUCGAACGAAUAUGAUUAUAUAUAGGGAAUCUUAUUUGUUUAUAAUUCAAACUACGUAGAUGGAAGUAGUAUUUGCUAUCCUGAAUGCUAAGAACUGUGAUAUUUGUACAUAGUGUGUUUAUAUUAGAAGUGUAUGUAUAGUAUUUUAUUACAUCUAUUAACAACUUACGACACUUUACCAAACAGCAUUAUUAUGUAAAUUGUAUGAGCGACAGUUUAGUGUUUCUUUUAGUGUGUACAAUAAUCACAAUUUAACUAAUCCCAGUCAUUUGCUUCAUUAAGUAAGUUCAUUAACGUCUCUAACACAGAUUAUCUCCCUUGAGUAACGUGAUAAUUUCAUUGUUUUCUGACUUCUUCUAAACUCUUUCAUGGACAAAUUCGAAUUUUAUAUGGUGAGAGAGAGAGAGAGAGAGAGAGAGAGAGAGAGAGAGAGAGAGAUGGGGUUUAACGUCCACUCAACACAAACUAGGUAAUUUCGGGACUAACACAUGGUUCAAUUUUAAUUCGCUUGCGCGUAGGGGUCUUUAGCAGUGGGAGGAAACCGGAGGACCCGGAGAAAACCCACGAGGUUGGACAGGCAACCCUACUCCUUGUCACGUACAACCGGGGAAUCGAAGCCCCGCCCGUUGACUCAAUGACAGACCGUAUGAUACAGCGCAGCGCGCACGUUCUAACCACUCGACCAUCCAAGCACCCAAUUCUAUAUGGUAAUAUUCUACAUAGGAAAUGAGUGUCUCAUAGCGAGACGAGCAAAUAAUAUUAUUUUUGUGCGAUUUCUCCUUUAAUGCCUCGAUACUAUUAUUUUAAUCGACCUGAAAUAUAUCAUUUCAGAUGUAUGACUUGUUUGAUUUAGACUGAAAUUAUUGAAGUAUUGAUCUUAAAAGGGGAGAUAACUUGAUUUUAUUUUGACUGGCUAUUCUCUCCUCUUUGAUUUCAACGUUAAUUCAAUGACAUUUCUCGGACUGCAACAUCUUAAUGGUCUUAAUGUUUAUAUCCAAUAUGUCAGAAUAAUAUUUGAUAACGAUGUUAAAGGAGGGUUGGUCAUCCCGAUUUACUUUUUUUCCUACGCGAGGUCACAGGAACCAAUUGAUGGUGAGUUCAUGUUCAGAGGGAAUUUCCCUCCGAAAUAAGGGGGAAAAAAUAAGAUUCUAUUUAUAGUCCUAAUAAAUUAACAGAAGAUCUAAAUAAAAAAUCUAUAUGUUUUGUGUAUUUUUAAAAUUUGAAUAACAUUAUAACGUUAUUAUUCGAAUUUGCAUAAUAUUUAUGUGUGUAAUAUUCGAAUUUGACAUGUUUAUGUAGGCUAUAUACGCAAUUUCAUGUUCCAUUCUGUAGACUUCAGACGUAAUUGGCAAUAACAUUUUGUCGUGAUAAUUGUUUGUUUAUAUUUUAUGUUACAGCUAAAUAUUUAGCAAUAUGUAGUAAAUGUAUUUAUAACGUUAAUAACGAUAUUAUUUAAAACGUUAACAACGAUAUUAAUUAAAACGUUAAUAACUGUAUUAUAUAUAUCGUUAAUAACGAUAUUAUUUACAACGUUGAUAACGAUGUUAUGUAUAGCAUUAGUAACGAUAUUUUUUUAUAACGUUAAACGAUAUUACUUAUAACGUUAAUAACGAUAUUAUCUAUAACGUUAAUAACGAUAUUAUUUAUAUCGUUAUGACGACAUAAUUUUUAAGUUGAGACUCUCCCGCUGAACUGUGAUAAAAAGUAUAAUUAUUCUGUAUAACCCCUGUUUCUGGAACUACAUACGAGAUUUUUGAUUUUAUUAAAUGUAUACUGAAGCU